AAGCUUUUCAACGGAAAAGACAUACUUUUGCAUCAUGGCCGACUGGUUCACGGCAUCACCCUACCGAAUGGACGAAAAACUUCGUGCCAGAAUUGCAUUUGACAGAAGCUAAAGUGUUCACGUUCACCGCCUUGCGAUUCUUGCGUCACUAGAGGCACGGAAUGCAUUCUCCAGGAUCUAUCGAGCAAUGCCAAUUCGAAUGCGACAGACUGCUCAUUUUUCAAAAAGGACCCGAAACGCUGCAUCUGCUCUAUCCAGCAGCUCACCAACGACCCACUACAGUCCAGAAUGCUCCGCCCAAGUGUCCAUAUCUUCAUCCCGACCGUCUGGAGAUGAUCGAAGCAUCGAUACCCAACCACCGGAGCUCCCUCUCAAUAACAUCCAGCACCUACCUCCAAAUCUAACGAGACUGAACAGAGGCUUAUAUGCUCUCAGUCUUCCUCCUGAAUUGCCACCACCCAGAGACAUUCAUCAGCCUAAGCCAGCACGAAUCAACUUGCUAGACAAUAGCACCUUGAUAAACCAAUUAGGCGAUCCAAGAAGCAUAUCUGACUUGGCUGUUGCCAACCUCGACUGGGACCCUUAUGCUCCCCGGGGAAUAGAUUGUCUUGGAGUUGACUAGCAGUGCUUUUCGUUCCCACCCGAAAAGCUUGCUCAACAGACCUUUUUUGGCCAGUUGAUGGAUAUACCAACAGCAACAGCUUUCGCGGAAGCUGCGCGCUUCGGUUCCACAGACUGUUCUCCGUUGCCAUAGUUUUCAGGCUCCGCCGUUCCUUCGUCCCCUGUGAACAGACAUGACAUGGUGAAUAACCCAACAGUUCAUGGGCGAGGACUUAGUCAGUGCUCUUCGAUUGCAAGUACAACACUCGCGAGCAGUAUCAGCAGCGUUCUCUCCCAACCGUAUCUGCCGUCAGACAUCGAUUCACCAGAGCAUAGCGCCGCAGUUCACCAUCUCAAAAAAAUGGUCACAGUUUACUUUGCGGACUUCUAUCGUGGGUUACCAGUCAUGCUUCAACCGAUAUGGGAC